GACGAUGUAAGUUCAGUCUGCAAAAUUCCAAAUCGUCUUUAGUUUGCUUACAGAAUCCACAAAUAUUUAUUAGAUUACCAAACAGAAAAGGAAACGACAACAGUACUAUAAUUGUCUAUGGUGAUAUAUUGUAACGUAGCAAUUAUUUUCCAUAGAUUCCGAUAAUUGAUCAUGGGCCAAACAUUAUCUGAACCGGUCACCACCAAGGAUUCGGCGCGCUGCGCGAACUCCUCCUUUCUAGUGGGCAGCAGCUGUAUGCAGGGCUGGCGCAUCGAAAUGGAGGACGCCCACACACAUAUACUAUCGCUGCCGGAUGAUCCGGCCGCCGCCUUCUUUGGUGUCUACGACGGGCAUGGCGGAGCGGCUGUGGCCAAGUUUGCUGGCAAGCAUUUGCACAAGUUCAUUACCAAGCGGCCGGAAUACUUUGGCAGCUCCGUGGAGCUGGCCAUGAAGCGUGCCUUUCUUGACUUUGACCGCGAGAUGCUGCACAACGGCAGCUGGGGCGAACAGAUGGCCGGCUCGACGGCCAUUGUCGUCCUGAUCAAGGACAAGCGUCUGUAUUGCGCCAAUGCCGGCGAUUCCCGUGCCAUUGCCAGCGUGGGCGGCAUUGUGCGUCCCCUGUCCGUCGACCACAAGCCCAGCAAUGAGUCCGAGGUGAAACGCAUCGUGGCCGGCGGCGGUCGCGUGGAGAACAAUCGCGUAAAUGGCAAUCUGGCCUUGUCGCGGGCACUCGGCGAUUUCAUGUACAAGCGUAACACCAGCAAGAAGCCGGAGGAGCAAAUCGUUACAGCCGAUCCGGAUGUGAUGGUCUGCGACAUGGGCGACGAUUGGGAAUUCGUUGUGCUCGCCUGCGAUGGCAUUUGGGAUGUGAUGAGCAGCACCCAGGUGGCCGAGUUUGUCCGCGAACGAAUCGCAGUCGGCAUGCAGCCGGAUCUGAUAUGCGAGCAUCUGAUGAGCUAUUGCCUGGCGCCGAAUGCCUACAACUAUGGCCUUGGCGGCGACAACAUGACCGUCAUCCUGGUCUGUAUGCUGCACAACAAGUCCUACGAUGAUCUGAUCAUACGCUGCGGCGGCACCAAGAGUUCAUCCCUUGAAUCCGGCGUGGGCGACAUUGGCCCACCUCUUAAGUAUCCAUUGCCCAAAGCUACUCCAAGCAGCCGCAACCUGGAGAAUGCCUAACUGGGCAUCUUAUGGAUCGGGGAUUUGCAGACUUUGUUUAUUUGUUUAUCGAUUCGAAUUCUUUUGGCAUGCCAUUUUCUGUGAAAGUUUCAUCCAUUACCGACAUAUACUUUUUGUACCUACCAUAUAUAUAUAUUAUUGGCUUCGAGAUACAUGAGCCCCGGCUCAGCCCAAUCACAGAAGAUUAAAAAUUUCAAGUCGGAUAUGCUUUUAGUCAACCGUUCAACAGUUCAACAAUUCAAAUGCAAUAAAAAUCUUGACCUCA